UAUCAUCAAAUUAAAAUUGUUAUUAUCUCAACAUGAGUAGUAAUUGUAAAAAGUUAUCUUUUGGUGUUUGCUACCAAACCUAGUAAGAAAAGGAUAAGAAAUUGUUUUUUAAAAAAUUAAAAGCCUAGAGUUUUCUUUCACUUGGGAUUCUUCUCCUCUAUAAAAUAUGGAGGACUAAUACAACAACCAUCAACAAAAUACAAAUGAGAAUUGAACGUCUUGAGCUUUACCACAUCAGACAAUCGUCAUAUGAUCAUAUAUGUAGUCUUUACUCAACUCACAAAUUUUUCCUUAUAUAAAUACAUUGCUUAGGACGCGUAAACAUAGGUGUAUCAAUGGCGGAACAGCUUCUCUUGUUUAAAUUUUCUUCCACCUGUCUGUAUUUCUUCUCAAGUUCAAAUUUUUGUCAAUUCUAUCAACCCAACAUUUUUGAUUCCAGGACCUUCCUCCUCUUCUUCUAGUUCAAUUUCCUUUGAUCAGUCUGUCAAUUUAUUAGUAGCUGACUGAAGGGCUUUCGGAGAAAGAGCCAAAUCCCUUUUGUUAUAUUGAUAGAGCUCCUUUGGUUUAAUUUGGAGAGUUAUCAUUGAAAAGAAUUAGGAGUUCAAAACACAAAGAUGGGAUUUUGGACAUUAUUAGAAGUGGCAUCAAUGCCAAUCGUGCAGGUGCUCCUUAUAAGCAGUUUAGGAGCACUUAUGGCUACUGAAUAUCUGAAUCUUCUGCCUGCUGAUGCUCGAAAGUCUCUAAACAAGAUCGUGUUCGUGGUGUUUACGCCGUCACUCAUGUUUGCUAGUUUGGCAAAGACGGUUACCCUUGAAGAUAUCAUAUCAUGGUGGUUCAUGCCAAUCAAUAUCGGCUUCACGUUUCUGUUUGGAGGAAUAUUUGGAUGGAUAGCCGUGAAAUUGAUAAAGCCAAAACCUCAUCUGGAAGGCCUUGUUAUGGCUGCUUGUUCAUCAGGAAACCUCGGAAACCUUCUGUUGAUCAUUGUCCCGGCAAUCUGCUCAGAGGAUGGCAGUCCAUUUGGUGAUCAUCAAGUUUGCUCUAGAAUGGGAAUGUCUUACGCCUCUUUUUCCAUGGCUCUUGGAGGUUUUUACAUAUGGACAUACACUUUCCAACUGAUAAAAACUUCCGCGGUGAGAUACAAAGCUUUAGUAGCAUCUGAGGAGGAUGAUUUAAAAGAACCCAACAAAGAUUUGGAUGCUGAUGAGAAAGCUAACCUUCUUGAGGCUGGAGAACGAGACCAUGCUUCUGCAUCUGCUAAAGCACCAGAAUCUACUGAAAACAAAAAGAUUGUGUCCCGAAAAUCGUCAUUCAUGUCAGAUGAAAGUAAGCCUUCGUUCUGGAUCAAAUUAGUAGGAAUCCUGCACCAGAUACUAGAGGAGUUAAUGUCGCCUCCAACAUUUGCCGCGAUUUUAGGAUUCAUCUUUGGCGCUGUUAAAUUUUUGAAAAACAUCAUCAUUGGAGAAAAUGCCCCACUCCAUGUGAUUCAAGACUCUGUCACAUUACUCGGAGAUGGAACUAUACCUUGCAUUACUCUUAUCCUCGGUGGCAACUUAACACAAGGAUUACGCCGCGGACAUUUGAAGCCGCUGGUCAUCGUUGCUGUCAUCUGUGUGCGUUACAUCUUUCUUCCUCUUAUUGGAAUUGGGAUGGUGAAAGCAGCAAAUCAUUUCGGGUGGCUUCCAUCAGAUCCCCUUUACCAUUUUGUCCUGAUGAUCCAAUAUGCUCUGCCACCAGCCAUGAAUAUUGGUACGAAACCUUUUUGCUUUGUUUUCCUGGUUGUCUAAAAUGAUUAAGCAUUGAGUUGGUGAAGAAAAUACUAAAUCACUCUCGCUUAAUCAAUCUUUGAUAAACCCUUUAUUGUUAUUGAUGGUAGGCACCAUGACACAACUCUUUGAUGUGGCUCAAGAAGAGUGUUCAGUUCUGUUCUUGUGGACUUACCUGGUUGCUGUGUUGGGGCUGACGGUAUGGUCCACAAUCUUCAUGUGGAUCUUGACAUAAACAGCUAUUUUUUGGUUGGCUCAUGCCAAACUUGUAGCGAUACUGUUAUAGUAAUAGAAGUAUAGAUUUGGUAAUUUUUGGAUCAAUCUUGGGAAAAAGUGCACAAAAAGAGACGGGUGGGAAAGAACCCACUAUACAGAAGUCAUGGAAGAAUAGGAUUAUAUCGCAAGUCAUUCUUGAUUAUUUUUCAGUAAGGAUUCCUAUUAUUAUUUCGAUUUGUUUGUUUUGUGGAUUAGAAUCACGAAAUAGGUCUCCAAGAAAAAGUUCACCAUUGAGGGUGAACAUGCUUGUUAAGGAUUUUGUUUGUUUGUUGCGUUGUUCUCGUGAUAUGUACAGACCGACAUAAAGUUUUAGUUUAGCCAUUGUCAGUUGUUGAUCUCAUAGCCAAGUUUGAAUGAAUCUUCUUACCAGCAAAACUUGAGCUUGAAUCAUUGAAGAUUCUCAAAAAAGAAUCCAAAGAAAUUCAUGUUACUCCUCCGUCCCAAGAAAAAUUGUUUCAUUUAUCGAACUGUUCUAGGAUCAAAGGAUUACGAUGACAAUGCAAGUGGAA